UAAGGACUCAGAGUUGCACUGAGUGUGGCAGAGACAGCCUGGCAGGAGAGCGCUCAGGCAGACAGACAGACAGACGGACGGACUUGGCCAACCCGGUCGACCGCGGACUCCGGGCUGUUCAUCUGUUUGUCUUCAUUUUCUCACCAACUGCUUGGAUCCAGCGCCCGCGGCUCCUGCAACGGUGUUUUGGGGAGCAUUUGGAGAGACCCUUCUCCCGCCUUCCACGGAGAAGAAGCUCACAAGUCCGGGCGCUGCGGACAGCAUCGAGAGCGGCUCCCGACCUCGCGAGGAAAUAGGCGAGCGGCUACCGGCCAGCAACUUUCCUGACCCAGAGGACCGGUAACAAGUGGCCCGGAGCGAACUUUUGCAAAUCUCUUCUGCGCCUAAGGCUGCCACCGAGACUGUAAAGAAAAGGGAGAAGAGGAACCUAUACUCAUACCAUUUCGCACAGGCGGCUGAAGUUGGGCGAGCGCUAGCCGCGGCUGCCUAGCGUCCCCCUCCCCCUCACAGCGGAGGAGGGGACAGUUGUCGGAGGCCGGGCUGCGGAGCCCGAUCGCGGGCUUCCUCGGAGAAUUCCGUGACGACUGGUCAGCACCGCCGGAGAGCCGCUGUUGCUGGGACUGGUCUGCGGGCUCCGAGGAACCGCUGCUCCGAGAGCGCUCCGUGAGUGACCGCGACUUUUAAAAGCUCGGCAUCGCGCGGGAACCGACCAACAAGCAGGGACGCGCGGGUAUCCCCCGCUUCCCGGCGCGCUGUUGCGGCCCCGAAACUUCUGCGCACAGCCCAGGCUAACCCCGCGUGAAGUGACGGACCGUUCUAUGACUGCAAAGAUGGAAACGACCUUCUACGACGAUGCCCUCAACGCCUCGUUCCUCCAGUCCGAGAGCGGUGCCUACGGCUACAGUAACCCUAAGAUCCUAAAACAGAGCAUGACCUUGAACCUGGCCGACCCGGUGGGCAAUCUGAAGCCGCACCUCCGCGCCAAGAACUCGGACCUUCUCACGUCGCCCGACGUCGGGCUGCUCAAGCUGGCGUCGCCCGAGCUGGAGCGCCUGAUCAUCCAGUCCAGCAAUGGGCACAUCACCACUACACCGACCCCCACCCAGUUCUUGUGUCCCAAGAACGUGACCGACGAGCAGGAGGGCUUCGCCGAGGGCUUCGUGCGCGCCCUGGCUGAACUGCAUAGCCAGAACACGCUGCCCAGUGUCACCUCCGCGGCACAGCCGGUCAGCGGGGCGGGCAUGGUGGCUCCCGCGGUAGCCUCAGUAGCAGGCGCUGGCGGCGGCGGCGGCUACAGCGCCAGUCUGCACAGUGAGCCUCCGGUGUACGCCAACCUCAGCAACUUCAACCCGGGUGCGCUGAGCAGCGGCGGUGGGGCGCCCUCCUAUGGCGCGGCCGGGCUGGCCUUUCCAUCGCAGCCGCAGCAGCAGCAGCAGCCGCCUCAGCCGCCGCACCACUUGCCCCAACAGAUCCCGGUGCAGCACCCGCGGUUGCAGGCCCUGAAGGAAGAGCCGCAGACGGUGCCGGAGAUGCCGGGAGAGACGCCGCCCCUGUCCCCCAUCGACAUGGAGUCUCAGGAGCGGAUCAAGGCGGAGAGGAAGCGCAUGAGGAACCGCAUCGCCGCCUCCAAGUGCCGGAAAAGGAAGCUGGAGCGGAUCGCUCGGCUAGAGGAAAAAGUGAAAACCUUGAAAGCGCAAAACUCCGAGCUGGCGUCCACGGCCAACAUGCUCAGGGAACAGGUGGCACAGCUUAAGCAGAAAGUCAUGAACCACGUUAACAGUGGAUGCCAACUCAUGCUAACGCAGCAGUUGCAAACGUUUUGAGGACAGACUGUCAGGGCUGAGGGGCAAUGGAGGAAAAAAAUAACAAGAGACAAACUUGAGAACUUGAUUGGUUGCGACAGAGAAAAAAAAGUGUCCGAGUACUGAAGCCAAGGGUACACAAGAUGGACUGGGUUGCGACCUGACGGCGCCCCCAGUGUGCUGGAGUGGGAAGGACGUGGCGCGCCUGGCUUUGGCGUGGAGCCAGAGAGCAGCGGCCUAUUGGCCGCCAGGCUUUGCGGACGGGCUGUGCCCGCGCGACCAGAACGGUGGACCUUUCGUUAACAUUGACCAAGAACUGCAUGGACCUAACAUUCGAUCUCAUUCAGUAUUAAAGGGGGGUGGGAGGGGUUACAAACUGCAAUAGAGACUGUAGAUUGCUUCUGUAGUGCUCCUUAAGAACACAAAGCAGGGAGGGCUGGGAAGGGGCGGGGAGGCUUGUAAGUGCCAGGCUAGAUUGCAGAUGAACUCCCCUGGCCUGCCUCUCUCAACUGUGUAUGUACAUAUAUAUUUUUUUUUAAUUUGAUGAAAGCUGAUUACUGUCAAUAAACAGCUUCCUGCCUUUGUAAGUUAUUCCAUGUUUGUUUGUUUGGGUGUCCUACCCAGUGUUUGUAAAUAAGAGAUUUGAAGCAUUCUGAGUUUACCAUUUGUAAUAAAGUAUAUAAUUUUUUUA